AUGGAGGGUCACGACGACACACGGUGUCUCCCUAAGAUGCCAACGCUAUUCACUACUGCCCCUGAUGUGCACCCAGACCUCGUAUUGUUUUCUGCGUCCUCUGAUACCGAGGAUUCGACAAAAAACACUACUCCGCACGAACUCGAUACCUGCAAUGACCCUGAAUUUCCAAAGCCCUCGAGAAUGUUCACAGCACAGAAUACCGAGUCACCGCAAGACGACACUUCUUCACGUCACUCCUCUGCCAGUUCCUCGUAUUCGGACAAGGACUGCCAGAAGGAGACCACUACAGAUUUCGAGGACCGGAGCGAGAAAGCCCACAAAUUGGAAGACGAUACAGCCGACGGAAAUUCAAAUGCUUCGGGCGAAACAACGCCAAACGGACAUCCUAUCGAGACUGGCACGGCUUCGCCUGAUACUGAAGGACAGGCACCGCAGCCCUUGACGAAAAACCGCUUACGAUCAAUCCCCGAUGCUCGACUCUACAAAUUGGGCUCAGUAUAUAAGAAGUUGAAAGAGAUGAUAGAGGACUCUCAGGCUGCCACCACUAGUAGCGAUACGCCUCGACCGGAGCUGGACGCUGAGUCCGAUAGCACUUUGGAAGACCAUAAAACAGCCUCGGAGCCAGAGUAUCCAGCUUACUACAUUUUCGACCCUCGAUCGAAUGGCUCUGCGUACUACAUGUAUCAAGAUGCUGAUACACAAGAAGGCUAUAAGAUUGAGAAAGUUUCCUUCAAGCCCGCAUUACCAGAGCCUGGGCUGAGAGCCUACUAUAUCGAGGCAUCGGAGAAAGAUCGAGGCGAGCCGAGGCACGAUAGUCAAGAGACACUGUGGAGAGUCGACUCUUCAAGAAUUCCUGCAGUAGUCAUCGACUCAGACAGCUCAGCUUCUCAUGAGGCAGUAGUGGAUGCCGAUGAGCCGCUGUAUGAUGGAGAUGAAGCAACUCAGAGCAUCGCCAGGAAAGUGAGCGACCGACUUCAGAAGAUCAGACACUUGAGAGAACACUUACGUGUUAUAAAUGGCAAAGGUCGAGAUGUUCCGGAAGCCAGGGGAUUAUAUCUCAUUGGCGACAAGGACAUCCGCGACGUUGUUAGUAUUGUGCUGGGCGAAGCGUUGAAGAAUGGCCAUAUCGACAGGCCUGAAAGAACAACUACAACAACAGAAGAAUCUUCUGAGAGUCGACCUUUACCAAAGCUAGACGGUGACACGAACACUAUACUAGUUUCCACGCCUACAGCAGUAGAUCCAGCAACUACCAUCAAUCUGCCAUCAACCUCUUAUGCGAACAUCAACGCAACAGACAUGGAGGUUCACACCAAAACCCGUGGGGCAGAAUCAGAUGCGACGACUACUGUUAUCACUCGUCGGAGUGUUGCUGAGAUCACUUGGGCCCGGGCAUAUCCUGCAGGCCAUGAUCCAGAUUCUCGAACACAUGGCCGAACUGUUUCUGACUGCUGCUCACCCACACACGGGGGUUCACGUUCAUGCCCAGAUGAUCGACGACAGAGUGACCAGAAAGUAUCCAAAGGUGAUCCUAUACUGAGACACUAUACUACACCAAAGAGCACAGCUGAGAUUCUGGCGGACAUCAUGUGUAACAAGAGCUUUGAACAGCAACUGAGAGUCAGCGAUGGCACUGUCAUCACCUCAUUCCCUAGACUCUUCUCUCGUGAUCUGACUACAGAAUGGACUGGCUCAACUGCCGAAGGCGGAGACUCGAACAAAACAGCGCCGGCGACUUUUUACCACCAUGGUAUCGAUGCCCGCAGUGGUCUUCACACACCACUACCGACUCCUGCUGUUGAGCAGCCUCCAGUAUUGCCUUCUUCAACAUACGAUAAAUCGCUCUUUGACGCCAACCCUUUCAACAAAUCCAAGGGCAAGAAUCUUUCCACCCUGUUGGCGUCAGAGAGAAGGCUAAGUGCUUCUCUGGAUGCCGACACUCAGAGACGUCGCAGCUCGCAGAUAGCUGACAUCGAAGAAGAAGGUUCGGACCAGACCUGCUCACGCCCUGGUCUCAUGCACAAGAUCAAGCAUGGAGGUCACAAGUUUUUUCACAAAAGCCACUUUCGGCGGCCAAAUAGGAGCGCAACAGCCGAGGAGGAUGCUUUUGAAGAGAGCAAUGUCAUGCGUUCAGGGAACAGUACAGGAAGAGGAAGAAUUCCCGAGCCGCCCAAACCGGAUAGCCAUGGAGCUCACAAGACCUUAACAGGGAGCAAGCUCGAUGGACCUUCAUAUGAAGAGGGUGUCUGUUCAGAAGAUGACAAACCACAUCGAUGUGUGAACGAUUUGUCGUCUCGAGACAUUUCCCCAGCCAGGGGUGAUAAUUGGGAAGGGAAAUAG